AUGACUUUCUGCUUCCCGCUGCUGCUUUUCUUGCGGACCGCGGCCGUGCUGGCGAGCGCCAAGCAGGCGCUCCGCUACCGGAUCACCGAGGAGGGACCGGCCGAUGUGCGGAUCGGCAACGUGGCCAACGACCUGGGCAUCGCGGCGGGCUCCGGCGAGGUAACUUUCAGCCUGGAGUCGGGCUCCGACUACUUCAAGAUCGACAACAUCACCGGGGAGCUGAGCACCACCGGCCGGCGCACGGACCGGGAGAAGCUGCCGCAGUGCCAGAUGAUCUUCGACGAGAACGAGUGCUUCAUCGACUUCGAGGUGUCGGUCAUCGGACCGGCCCAGAGCUGGGUCGACCUGUACGACGGCAAAGUCAUCAUCGAGGACAUCAACGACAACACGCCCAGCUUCCCGUCGCCGGUGCUCACCCUGACGGUGGAGGAGAACCGGCCGGUCGGCACCCUCUACCUGCUGCCCACCGCCACCGACCGCGACUUCGGCAGCAACGGCAUCGAGCGCUACCAGCUGCUGCCCGAGAGCAGCUCGGAGGCGGCCAGGAGGAGGGGGGGUGAGGCGGCGGCGGCGGCCGGGGGCAGCGAGGCGGCGGCGGCGGCGGCAUCGGGCCGGAGCAGCGUCUUCGAGCUGCAGGUGGCCGACACCCCGGACGGGGACAAGCAGCCCCAGCUGAUCGUCAAGGGGGCCCUGGACCGGGAGCUGAGGGACUCGUACGAGCUGACCCUGAGGGUGAGGGACGGCGGCGACCCCGCCCGCUCCUCGUCCGCCCUGCUGCGGGUCCUCAUCUCGGAUGUCAACGACAACAGCCCCCGCUUCGAGAAGAGCGUGUACGAGGCGGAGCUGGCCGAGAACAGCCCGCCGGGGACGCCCAUCCUGCAGCUGCGGGCCAGCGACCUGGACACGGGCGUCAACGGGCAGAUCGAGUACGUGUUCGGCACGGCCACCGAGUUGGUGCGGCGGCUGCUGCGGCUGGACGAGGGCAGCGGCUGGCUGAGCGUGCUCCACCGGCUGGACCGCGAGGAGGUGGGCCAGCUGCACUUCAGCGUCCUGGCCAAGGACCGGGGCCAGCCGCCCAAGAGCGACCGGGCCACCGUCCAGCUCAGCGUCCGCGACCAGAACGACAACGUGCCGCAGGUGGACAUCCGCAAGAUCGGCCGCAUCGUGCUGCGGAACGGCGUGGCCAGUGUGGCCGAGGACGUGCUGGUGGACACCCCCAUCGCCCUGGUGCAGGUGUCCGACCGCGACCAGGGCGAGAACGGCGUCGUCACCUGCACCAUCGUGGGCGACGUGCCCUUCCAGCUCAAGUCGGCCAGCGAGUCGGAGAACGAGCAGAAGAAGAAGUAUUUCCUGCACACCUCGGCGCCCCUCGACUACGAGGCGGUGCGGGAGUACUCGGUGGUGAUCGUGGCCGUGGACUCGGGCAGCCCCAGCCUCUCCAGCAACAACUCGCUGCUCGUCAAGGUGGCUGACAUCAACGACAACCCCCCCAUCUUCUCGCAAGCCGUCUUCCAGGUGCCCUUCCCCGAGAACAACUCCCCCGGCGACCAGGUGGCCACCGUGCUGGCCUCGGACGCCGAUGACGGCAAAAACGCGGAGAUCGCCUACUCGCUGGACCCGUCGGCCGCCGGCAUGUUCUCCAUCGAGCCGGUGAAGGGAGCCAUCAUCGCCAACGUGGUCCUGGACCGGGAGCAGACUCAGCGCUACGAGUUCAAAGUGGUGGCGAGAGACAAAGGCACUCCCAGCCUUCAGGGCAGUGCCACAGUGGUGGUCCAGGUGAAGGACACCAACGACAACGAGCCCAGGUUCAUGCAAGAUGUCUUUACUUUUUACGUUAAAGAAAACUUGCCACCCAAUAGCCCUGUUGGGAUGGUGACCGUGAUGGACGCCGACGAAGGGAAGAAUGCGGAGUUGAGUCUCUUCAUUGAAGAAGACGAUAACAUUUUCUCCAUUGACAAUGACACUGGCACCAUUUACUCCACCAUGUCCUUCGAUAGGGAACAGCAGACCACAUACUCUUUCAAAGUGAAAGCUAUUGAUGGUGGAGAGCCCCCUAAAUCUUCAACGGCCAUGGUAUCACUGUAUGUCAUGGAUGAAAAUGACAAUGCACCCACUAUCACUUUCCCUAAAAAUGCAUCUUACACUCUGUUACCCCCUUCUAGUAACUUACGAACUGUAGUGGCUACAGUCCUAGCUACAGAUAGAGACACUGGGAUCAAUGCUGACCUCAACUACAGCAUUGUGGGGGGAAAUCCCUUUAAACUUUUUGAGAUUGAUUCUGCCAGUGGUGUCAUCUCUUUGGUGGGAAAGCUAACCCAGAAGCAUUAUGGACUACACCGUUUGGUAGUGCAGGUUAAUGAUAGUGGACAACCUUCACAGUAUACCACGGCAAUGGUCCAUGUGUUUGUGAAUGAAAGUGUUUCAAAUGCCACAAUAGUGGAAGCUCAGAUAGCUAGAAGCCUUCGCACUUCAUUGAAGCAAGAUAUUGCAGGCGAUCCAAAUUAUGAGAUGAGUAAGCAGCGACUUAGCAUCGUUAUUGGGGUUGUUGCUGGUGUCAUGACAGUCAUUUUAAUCAUCUUGGUUGUGGUUUUGGCGAGAUACUGUAGACCCAAAAAAUCCAAGAAUGGAUAUGAGGCUGGCAAGAAAGAUCCUGAAGACUUUUUCACCCCCCAGCAACAUGACAAGUCUAAGAAACCCAAGAAGGACAAAAAGAACAAAAAGUCCAAACAACCUCUGUACAGUAGCAUUGUGACUGUGGAAGCAUCAAAACCAAACGGACAGAGAUAUGACAGUGUGAAUGAGAAACUUACAGAGAGCCCUGGCAUGGGACGCUAUCGCUCCAUGAAUGGUGGACCAGGAAGUCCUGACCUCGGUAGGCAUUACAAAUCUAGCUCUCCAUUGCCAACGGUUCAGCUUCAUCCCCAGUCACCUACUGCAGGGAAGAAACAUCAGGCAGUGCAAGAACUGCCACCAGCCAAUACCUUCGUGGGGACAGGUGACAACAUCUCAAUUGAAUCAGACCAUUGCUCUGAGUACAGCUGUCAGAUCAAUAACAAGUACAGCAAGCAGCCUUUCCGUCGAGUGACUUUCUCUGUGGUGAGUCAGCCUCAGGAUCCGCACCAGGGGUCCCUACAGAGCUGUUACGACAGUGGCUUGGAGGAAUCAGAAACGCCUAGCAGCAAGAGUUCAUCAGGGCCAAGACUAGGCUCACUCCCACUUCCAGAAGACAACUAUGAGAGGACCACACCUGAUGGCAGCGUUGGUGAGGCAGAACAUAUGGAAAAUGGGGGUAGAAUGUCCCCACGAUGCAGAUAGGAAGCUCUUCUCCUUAAUAAUGCAG